UCUCCUUGGUUUCUUUUCAGUACAAAGCGCUUGAUUGUAGAUGUAAUUCGCUUCCAGCCAGGGGAGACACUGACUGAGAUCCUGGAAACUCCAGCCACCCAUGAGCAGGAAGCAGAGCAUCAGAGAGCUAUGCAGAGACGGGCUAUUCGUGAUGCCAAAACCCCUGACAAGAUGAAAAAAUCUAAAUCUGUAAAGGAGGACAGCAACUUGAAUCUUCAAGAAAAGAAGGAGAAAAUCAAGACAGGCUUGAAGAAGUUGUCAGAACUGGGAACUGUGAACCCAAAGAAUAGAUACCAGGAGCUAAUCAAUGAUAUUGCCAAGGACAUCCGGAACCAGCGCAGAUACCGUCAGAGGAGAAAAGCAGAGCUAGUGAAGCUGCAGCAGACUUACAGUGCGCUGAACUCCAAAGCCACUUUUUAUGAGGAACAAGUGGAUUAUUAUAAAAGCUAUAUCAAAACCUGCUUGGAUAACUUGGCCAGCAAGGGCAAAGUCUCUAAGAAGCCACGAGAGAUGAAAGGCAAAAAGAGUAAAAAGAUUUCUCUGAAAUAUACGGCAGCUCGACUCCAUGAGAAGGGAGUCUUGUUGGAGAUUGAAGACCUGCAAGUAAACCAGUUUAAAAAUGUGAUAUUUGAAAUCAACCCAACAGAGGAAGUAGGAGACUUUGAGGUCAAAGCUAAAUUCAUGGGUGUGCAGAUGGAAACAUUCAUGUUACAUUAUCAGGAUCUUUUACAGCUGCAGUAUGAAGGUGUUGCUGUCAUGAAGUUGUUUGACAGAGCGAAAGUCAACGUCAACCUCCUGAUCUUCCUUCUGAACAAGAAGUUCUAUGGGAAAUAACUGGCAUCUCCCAGAGGAGCUAUGAAAAGGGGGAUGAAUGGAAAAACUGUAUCUCUGUUUCUUAAUAUCCUCUUUCACCUGUCAGAACCAAGGACACCUAUAUAUUGAUGUACCUCCCUGUGCCCAAACUACAAGUAUAUCACUUCGUAAAGAAGUCCUUUAUGGGGACUCUAUCUGUCUUACAGCUAUGAUCUUUUUUCUGACUUUUCAGAUUCCUUGAGAAGCAUUUAGUUUAGAAUGUUUUCCAUGUACUAUUACAGUGGCAUUGGGGAUUAAACAGUUGUUAGAAUAUAUUUUGAGCUUCUGGCUGUGUUCUUUGCCUAAAUGUUUGGAUGGUGGGACUUGAAUUCUUGUUACUUGUUGUAGAAGAAGAAAGCUAACACAGCAGAGCAACCAGGUCUGCCUCUGUAUCUAGAAGCAGAACAGGAUUUCAGCUCAUAUUUAGACUCCCUCCCUGAAAUUCUAAGAAAACACAACAGGACAUCAAUUUAGAGAAAUAUUUGCUCUGUGCUGUAGCAUGGAGAAACUGGAAAAAAUUUAACUAGCUGAUUCUGUCCAUAGCAGUGUCCAUUACCAAAGGCUCGCUACCAGGAUGACUGAACUCUCUUUAUAGAUUUGAUUUGUAAAGACCUAUACUUGAGUUAUAUUUUAGCAUGUUAUUCAAUGUGCGUAUGUAGCUCUAUCUUCAAGCAAUGGGGAGAAGAAAAGAUUUUCUCACAGAACUGAGUCAAAUUAAAAGUGGUUAAUGGCCAGGUUGGUCAGGUUGUUUCAGAGCCAGCUUGUGGUGGUGGUGGUGGUGGUGGUGGUGACUAUUAGCUGCAUGAGACUAGUGCAGCAGAGUCCUUGAUGGCUUUCAGUGACCUAAGUGUUGCUGAAUUAUUACUACAUAUACAUUAUUGUAGCCAUGGAGAACAUCUUUAGUGAUCCAAUUUUUUUUCAAUAUUUGUUUCUUAUUAAGAUGCCUUACUAAUAUACACAUUGUCCCAGUAGUAGAGGAAAUGAGGAAUGUGUGUGCUAAUGCCUAAAGAUGAAAAGUGGCCUUUUAUUGGGGGUGGAGGAGAGAGAUUUUUUGAAUCAGCUGAGAAAAGUUUAUUUUACAGUUUUGCUUCAGAAUCUUUUAGAAGGUUACAGGAAAAGUUUCUAAGUUAGCUUAGUGCUCCACAUAUCUCUACCGGAUACCAUUAAACACUAUGAUCUACCUGCAUAGACUUGCCAAAGAGAAUUUACUCUGCCUUAAAUAGUCUCAGCUGUUAAAUUAUUUACAUUUUACCAAAUGUACGUGAGCAAAUGACUCCCUGUUUCCUUUACUGCUUAGAUAUUCACUCAUUAUUACGGUGGUGCCUGUUACAUUGCUAUACCUAAGAGAAAUUCAAAAGGAUCAUUAUGAACUCUGAUCUCCAUUAACUUACUUCUAGCCUGAAACAAACUUUUGUUGCCCAAAUUAUCUGCUCCAGACAAAAAUGUUUUUUGGGUUUUUUUUAAUAAUUUUAAAAUCUGUUUGACUGUUUUAUGUUCCCAGAGUAUAGGUUAAAAUAAUCUCUCUAUUCUUAGACACACACACGUAUGCCAUACGUUUAUUUCAAAUAAUUUUGUUUUAUAAUUUAAUCACAGAAUCUGCCAUUUUAGUGUGUUUUAAAUGAAACCAGUUACUAACUCUCUGCCUGCCUUGGGAGUCAGUUGUUUCCCAUAGUCUUUUUAAGAGACUAAUCCUAUAUGGCUCUACCUUGUGACAAUCCCUGCCACGCAAACAGUAACAAACCUGAUUUUAUCUUGGUCCAUGCAGUAUUAGCAUAAUAAAAGAAUAGAUGCCACAACUUUCCUUUUAGAUGUAAAAUUGAUCACAUCCAGGAAGUUCCAAAUAGGGGAAAUUCUGCCCUCAGAGAGGAGAACCUCAAAAUAGGAAUUCCACUCCCUAUCCCGAAAUAGCAUCAGGAAAGGGGCAUGAUAAAAGUCUUGACUUACGUCUACCUGUUUCUUUUCAAUGUGAGUCCCCACUGCUGUUUAACUAAAGGGUUUUAAAUAUAACUGUCCUUUUUUAGUUCAGGAUAGUGACAAUAGGACAUUCUCAAAUUAUUCAUCAGGGAAAUAAAACAGCACCCUGACAGCUGUUCAACAAAAGGGAUUAUAUUUUCUCCAUUUAAAAAGGGCUACUUUCCCAGAUGUCUGCAUGGCUGCCUCCUCGCCAUAACCUAAGAAAUUGCUAAUGAGACAUGUUAGGCUAUUCUAAUAAAACAUCAUAAUACCUAUGAGGCGAAGAUAUUUUGGAUUAUUUAUAAGAACAGCCAAUACCUAUUUGAAAACAGUUUUGGUGCAAAUUGAUAAAAGACAACUAGGUAGUAAAAGAGUGAAACAGUUUUCUGGGAACAGGUGUGCCAAUUCUAGUUAAAUAACAGUGUGUAACUUUGGUUGGAGUUUUUAAAAGAACGGAGACACUCUGACAGAAAGAUCCAGUUUCAGCACUGAAAUUUUGUAAUUUGUUACUUUAUUUAUUGGUGUCCUAGCUUUCCCUUUUCUCUUCCCUCUCCCCUCCCCACAAUCAUGGUAUUUAUCUUGGGCUUAAAUUUCUUUCAGAUAACUAGAGGGCUUAGCCUAUUGUUUACACAUAAAAUGUCUUUGUAUUUCUCAUCUAAAUAAAAGAUAAUUUGUUCA